GAACUUUUUGCUGAAUGCUAUUAUCUGCAUGAUGGAGGUAGAUUCUUUGCCCGAGUCGAUCAAGAAAGUACAGUCAAGAUUCAGUUUCGAGGUUCCUGAACCGGCUGUUCGCCUCGCUCUGACGGAAUCUUGGUUCGACGUGGACGCUGCCGUGGAGUUCCUCAACAACAAUCCCGGGUUUCUAGCCCGGCCCGUCACGGUGGUUCGGGCCGCUACUAGCACUGGCUCGAGGGUUUUGGCACCGACGCCGAUAAAGCAAGAGGGGUUCGAUGACUCGGUUAUGUCCAAUGGAAUGAGUCUGAAGAGCGAGGUCAAAGAGGAACCCGUUCAUUUGGCGAUUGACAAUCAAAACCCAGUGAAAGCAGAAAAUGGUUCCGAUGAUUCUCAUGAAGUGACACGACCACUCGAGGACUUGAAUGUGAAGAAGGAAGCGAAGGAAGAAAUCAAUGUGGAGCCUGAGAUGCAGGUUUCUGUGGAAGAAAAAGUGGAUGUUGAUGUUUCUAGGUCUUUAAUGACCCAAACCCAGAUGCAAGGGUCUACCGGUACUCGGAAAUCUUCAUGGGAAGCUGGAUAUGAAGAGUUCCUUAAGGCUACAGAUGCAAAAGUUAUGUCAAAGGAAGAAUAUCUAAAGUCCAUUGAGGAACAACAACCAUCAGUCCCGGUUGAGCGUUCGAAAGCAAUGCAGGAUUUGGCUUCUGUGAAUAAGGUCUCUGAGAAGAAAGAAGUGGCUAUCCCUGAUAACGAUGAAGUGAAAAUCCUCAAAGAAGUUGGUUCCUUUCCAUGUUUUCAGAAAUCCUCGCAGGUGAAAAAGGAAAAGGUUGAACCUAGACCUGCAAACGUGGAGGAUGGGGACUUUCCAGGAGAACCAGACUGGUUUUUAGUGGGAAGGACAAUAAUCACUGCACUUUCAACUACCAAAGGGAGGAAAUUAGUGGACAAUGAGAUUGUACAUUUCGAUUUCCGAUCUGCAUUUGCGAAACAAAACUCAAAAUGGAUUCUUCGCAUUUCAACCAAGCGUUCCGGAGAGGUUGGACGGGUUCCUAUGGAAUGGGCUAAAGAGGUUGUCCCACUUGUUCGUUCUGCAAGGAUCAAGGUUAGAGGUCGAUGUGUAGCUGCGCCACCUGUCUUACAAAUGAUGCAAGACGUCUUGGUGUGUGUAAGCUUUUACGUUCACCACUCUGCAUUCACUUCAGAAGUCAAUACUUCAUGGAAGCUUGAUGGCUCUACUUAUAUUGACCCUUCUGUUUAUCCUCUUCCCGCGGUGUUCAAAUUGAUUGGAAUGAAGCCAUAUCAGAAUGCUGCUUUUACCCCAGAGGAACUUGAUUCUAGGAAACGUUUGUUCAGUAUCAGGGGUAACACAGAUGAAGCUGCUUCAGAUUUGCCCGUCUUGAAACGGAGAAAGGGUUGUCCUCCCGAUCAAGACGAUGAACAAGCUGUGUCACAGUCAUCUUUGAAUAAGCUUGUUGGAGCAUCUGAAGUCUACGACUUGGAGGAGAUGGAAGGGCCAAGCACGCUGAUGUGUGAUCUAAAGCCUUACCAGAAACAAGCACUGUAUUGGAUGUCAGAACUAGAGAAAGGAACUAAUGCCCAGAAUGCUGAAAAUACUCUUCAUCCUUGCUGGGCAGCCUAUCGUAUAGAUGAUAUGACGGCUCCCAUUAUUUACGUAAACAACUUCACAGGGGAAGCAACAACUAAGCUCCCACCUGCAUUUCGAUUGCCAAGAGGAGGAAUUCUCGCAGAUGCUAUGGGACUUGGGAAGACUGUCAUGACUAUUGCUCUAAUUCUUGCGAGACAAGGGAGAGGAGAUAAUGCUGGUCUUUCGAGGAAGAGGGGCCAAGUUUCUCAUAGUGACCCUGCAUUCAAAGUUGAUGGCGGCACUCUUGUUGUUUGUCCCAUGGCAUUGCUAGGUCAGUGGAAGGACGAGCUUGAAAUCCAUUCCAAGCCAGGAAGUUUAUCCAUUUUUGUUCACUACGGUGGGGAUAGAACAAAUGAUCCUCGGGUGAUCUCAGCGCAUGAUGUUGUUUUAACAACAUAUCGUGUCCUUGGAGAUGCAUAUAAAACUUAUGGAGAGAACAGCAUUUACCACAGGGUCAACUGGCAUAGGGUGGUCCUAGACGAAGCUCAUUCCAUUAAAGCCCAUAAAUCGUAUCCUGCACAAGCCUCUUUUACACUGACCUCACACUGCCGUUGGUGUCUUACUGGAACUCCUCUACAGAAUAGCUUGGAAGACCUAUUCAGCCUCUUGUGCUUCUUGCAUGUUCAGCCAUGGGGCAAUUUUGCAUGGUUUAAUAAAUUGGUUCAACGGCCUUGUGAGAAUGGUGAUCCUCGAGGCUUGAAAUUAGUCAAGGCUAUUUUGAAGCCAUUGAUGUUAAGAAGAACAAAGGAAACAAAGGACAAGUGCGGAAGGCCCAUACUUGUUCUUCCACCAGCUCACACUGAAUUAGUUGAGUGUGAACAGUCAGCAGCUGAAGCUGAAUUAUAUAAUGCCCUCUUCAGGAAAUCUAAACAUCAAUUCGAUCAGUAUGUUGGGCAAGGAAAUGUUCUCAGCAACUAUGCCAACAUUCUUGGGUUAUUAUUGCGGUUGAGACAGUGUUGUAACCAUCCAUUUCUGAUCACAAGCCGAAGUGAUUCAAAGAAACCUGUGGACUUUGACAUACUCGCAAAAAGACUACUCGAUUUCAACUCUAAUUCUACAAAUCAGCGUGCAUAUGUUAUAGAGGCCAUAGAGGCUCUUCGCAAGGGUGAAAAACUAGACUGCCCAAUAUGCUUAGAAUCUGCAGAUGAUCCUGUGUUCGCCCCAUGUGCGCACAGAAUGUGCAGGGAAUGCUUAUUUUCCAGCUGGAGUACCCAAAUCAGUGGUCCUUGCCCUAUCUGUCGUCAGAUGCUAAACAGAACUGAUCUAAUCAAUUGUCCGUUUGAGAAUCAGUUCUUGGUUUCUGAUGUUGAGAAGGACUGGAAGGAGUCUACCAAGGUUUCAGAGCUUUUGAAAAACUUGGAAGACAUUCGGCAAAAUCGCCCUGCUGAAAAAAGCAUUGUGUUCAGCCAGUGGACUGCCUUUUUGGACCUCCUGGAGAUUGCUUUGAAGAAGAAAGGAAUUGGGUAUUUUAGAUUUGAUGGGAGUCUGCAACAAAAGAAUAGGGAAAGAGUUUUGAAGGAGUUUAAUGAGUCAAGCUCGAAAAGGGUUUUGUUAAUGUCACUUAAAGCUGGUGGUGUGGGCUUGAACUUGACUGCAGCCUCAAAUGUUUUCAUCAUGGAUCCUUGGUGGAAUCCUGCGGUUGAAGAGCAAGCAGUCAUGAGAAUCCAUCGUAUAGGACAAAAGCGAACAGUUAUGGUUAAAAGAUUCAUUGUCAAGGAUACGGUGGAAGAGAGGCUGCAACAAGUGCAGGCUAAGAAGCAGAAGAUGAUAUCUGGAGCCCUCACAGAUGAUGAGGUUCGGUCAACCAGGAUUGAAGACCUCAUGAUGCUGUUCAGUUGAAAGACUUGAUGAAAUCUUAAAUUAGAAUCAUAACUUAAAAGGGAUGUAGAGAUCUCUAGUUUUUGUUAGAAAACCUUGCGUUAUGAUUUUUACUAACUUUUGUACAUAUAGAGGUAGGUUCUGAUCAUUGAGGAGAGGAGGCUUUUAGUUUUUACUAAUGACUAGUUAUUGAAGAAAGAGCUAAGUAAGCUCACUGGGUUGUAAAUCUUUUGGGCAA